AUAAAAGUGCUGGUAAAAAGUGCGGUAACGGUGGUGAUGAUGAUAAAAGUAGUGAUGAGAUGAUUAGCCUGAUGAGGGUGAAAAUGCCUCGCUGUGAGGGUGGUGAUGGUGAUAAGGAUAUUCCCGGUUGGAUGGCGAGGAUGACACAAUUAUGAUGGAUACUAUGUUUUCCCGAUUUCAAGUACAUGCACGCAAAGAACCUCGACAGCUACGAAGCACGCAGUCUUACAUCUACUACACGGACGAUAAGAAGGGGGAAGGCGCUACAGGCAGUGUAUUUGGGGGCAGAGAAAAGAAAUCUGGCGAGAGGGUAGCUGUGAAGGUUUUCAACAAUGUGAGUUAUCGGAGACCCGGCAGCGUGCAGCACAGGGAGUUCGAUGUUCUGCUUAAGCUCAAACAUACCAAUAUUGUGAAACUGCUGGCCAUCGAGGAGGAUUCUAGUUCCCAUGACCGGGUCAUCAUCAUGGAGCUGUGUGAGGGCGGUAGCCUCUUCAAUGUCUUGGACAGACCCGAGAACUCCUUCGGCUUGGCCGAGACGGAGUUCAAGAUCCUUCUCCGGGACGUCAGUCAUGGCAUGAAACAUCUUCAAGACAAAGGAAUAGUGCACCGUGACCUCAAGCCGGGGAACAUCAUGUGCUGUUACGAACCCGACGGCUGUUCCGUGUACAAAUUGGCUGACUUUGGAGCGGCUCGUGAACUCGCAGAGGGCGAGAACUUUGUCAGCAUUUAUGGGACUGAAGAAUACUUGCACCCAGAUGUGUACGAGCGCGCCGUUCUUCGGAAACCUCUUGUAAGGCCGUUCACGGCUUCCGUAGACCUUUGGAGCAUAGGUGUAACGCUUUAUCACGCCGCUACGGGGGUGCUCCCCUUCAGACCAUACGGGGGCAGAAAGAACCGGUCCACAAUGCACCAGAUGACGACCCUGAAAGCGUCAGGAAUUAUUUCGGGAGUUCAAAGAAACUCGGAAAAUGCACCGAUCGACUGGAGUAGAGAGUUACCCAAGACGACUCAACUCUCACAAGGUCUGCGCUUUCAUUUGGAAGAAAUGCUGGCUGGUCUCCUCGAAAGUGACGUGACCAGAAUAUGGUCCUUCAGGACAUUUUUUGACACCGGUCAGGCCAUCGUUAAUAUGACUGUCCUGGAUGUGUUCUACACCGUGACGUCACAGCCUCUCAAAAUAUACAUUGAUCCAAGACAUUCGUUUGCUGAGUUUCAGGAGAGCGUUGCCAUACAGACGUCAUUGCAAUCUGUCCAUCAGAUGUACGUCUUCGGAGAUGCCGUAUUUUACCCAGAAUCCAACGUGCCGUGCCGAGACUUCCCUGAGACGACGCCGGCCAAUCCCAUAUUUCUCUUCAAAUCGACGUUUGGUGGCUCUGUCUCGCCAGUCGCCCCUGUCAUCCCAACCGUACCGGAUGUUCCAUCUAGGUAUUCAUUGAGCACAGAUGCACCUGCGACAAAGAAAAGCAUCGCUGCCGUGUUUUGUCUCAAACGAAAACAAGAACUGCUACUUCUGAUACAGAAAUUAAUGAACGCAGCCGUGAAGGCCUUCACCCUGGUAAUAAAAGAAGAAGUGAAGCACCUGGAAUACUACUUGAAUAAACUGGAAAGCCAAAACAAGACGUUGCCGUCGGAACUACAGAGCAUGCGCUCAAGAAUCGAUGCGACUCAGACGCUUGUGGGCGCUUUCCGAGAUAUUGCCAACGGGAAAAAGAUCGAGCUUGGCAGAAAGCAAGCCGCCCUUGAAAUCUCCGGCAACGAGGUUGCAUUGGAAAUGGGGAAUAUACGGCAGCUCUCGUUACGAUUAGAACAAACGGCUGCGACAUUGAGGUCGCUCCACCAUCAAAUAGUGCAUCAAGAUGUUCUGACGAAGGAAUGGAAUAAACUGCUUCGUUGUCAUCCAAGGGACAAAUGCGUGGACCGUUUUGAAGUCAUGUUGUUCUUGCUUCUGGAAAUCUAUUCAAAUUUCUGCCGGGACAGCAAGGAGACCUCCCUCACGUUCAAUGCGGAGCAAAUACACAAGAUGGAGAAAAUCAGGUUUAACGACACGUUACACAAGAUGCUUUCUCUGGUUCAUGAACACUGUGAAACUAAUUGGCUGGAGACACAUUCCGAGAUGAUGAAGUGGUUCGGCACAGCCUAUUCCUUCAGGCAGCGAAUCGCCGAAGUGGAUCAAAGCCUGACCCCACUGGUGUCUGACUUUUCUACUGAAGAACUAGCUAUAACUAAGUUGGGAGAAAGAUGUCAAGAGGAACUAAACAGUAUUGAAAGUGAUAUUUCUCAUCCACAAGCUGCAAACAGUUUUCAUUACAAGGCCCCGUUCACGAAUGAAACUCUUCGCCUGGUGUCCACUUCAGCGAGUACGCAAACCUCUGUCGUCCAGCUGGGGGAACCAAAGCAAUUCCGAGAGGCAAACAACCAGACACCGUGGAGUGUUUACGUCGUCAUCGGACCACGCGAGGGAGGUAGUCUGGCUUGUGGGGAAAAUCAUGUCCAUCAUCUAGCAGACUCUGGAUUUGCAGACCUGCGGGUGCCGAUGUCCCGAGACUUGAAACGAGAGUUGCAGGACUGGCAAAUUCGGAGACCGGAAACCCAAGCCAUGGUGAAGAAGAGUCAAGACCUGACCGAGGAAAUGCAGAAUAUAUCGAUAGACCUCUCCGAUCCUAGCCUCGACUUGUACGGAUGCUGAACAUGAAGACCACAAGUUGGAGAGGACGCCCUGCAUGCCGACCUGCCGCUCCGCCUGACGGCGAGAUGCAGAAAGGACCCACCGCGCAGGCCGAGAGGAUUAUGGCUUCGUCUCCUUCCACGUCCUUUCAAUCCAUCGGAAUACAUCCUAUUCAAUAACAUCUAUUUUUCAUCCAUGGAAAAAUAUACCUUAACCAUGGGACAGUGGCGUACCAAACAUUUUGUUUCGUAGGGGAGGGUUCACCACAUACUAACAAGUCCCAAAUCCAAUUAAACACAGACUCUGGGUCGUAUUUUACCUGAUACUAUUCAAGGUCAAACGAAUAUAUUUCUUGGUCAAAAUGACACUUUUGCCAUCAGCUUUAGCGUAACCUGAUGAUCCAGCAAUUGAUCCAGAAGCGUGUCACAUGGCAUUCUUGCCAUCAGCUUUAGCUGAACCUGAUGACCCCGCAAUUGAUCCAGAAGCGUGUCAAACGACAUUCUUGCCAUCAGCUUUAGCUGAACCUGAUGGCCCCGAAAUUGAUCCAGAAGCGUGUCAAAUGACACUUUGCCAUCAGAUUUAGCUGAACCUGAUGGCCCAGCAAUUGAUCCAGAAGAGUGUCAAAUGACACUUUUGCCAUCAGCUUUAGCCUAACCUGAUGGCCCAGCAAUUGAUCCAGAAGAGUGUCAAAUGACACUUUUGCCAUCAGCUUUAGCUGAACCUGAUGGCCCAGCAAUUGAUCAAGAAGAGUGUCAAAUGACACUUUUGCCAUCAGCUUUAGCUAAACCUGAUGGCCCAGUAAUUGAUCCAGAAGAGUUUCAAAUGACACUUUUGCCAUCAGCUUUAGCUGAACCUGAUGACCCAGCAAUUGAUUCAGAGGGGUGUCAUUUUGACUGGAAAAAACAUUACCAAUUCAAAUAGAAACCAGAUUCCCGGUCAAAUCUGACUUGGGAUAGUUUUUGGAGUUCAGUCAUUUCCGACCUAUCAUUGCAAGUAUUCGAGCAGUGGGGCUAAGGGGGGAUUGGACCUCAACAAAGCCGUCGGGUUUUAGCCCUUCACCCGCAGUUUCUACAGUAAAAUAAAUUACACUCAAUUCAAAUCGACCCUUUGGGUUGAGAGCGGGGUUCAAACGUCAUGGGGCCAACGCAACUGCCCUGAGAAACUAGGUUGGGAAUUAAAAACCAUAUAUACACAACCAUAGCGAUAACAAUGAAACUUUGGAAGUGUAAGAACUUAAAGAAAAAAACCGAAAGUGCCAAACAAAAAUGUAGAAUAAACAAUCAUUAACCGAGGAUUGAUGACACAGUAGUUAUUUAUUCCAAAUGAGAGCUACCAUGGAAAUAACUAUUUGGAAGGAGCAAGUAUAGCCAAGAAGGAGAAACAGAAAGAUACUCGUGCUAAAUACUAGGACCAAAAAGGCCGUUAAAGCUUUCUUUAAUAAAUCAGCAUCGAUUGUUUAGGC